AUGUCUUCAAAAAAUAAUGUAUUGAUCUGUUUGUUCAUUUUUCAUCUGUUGGCUGCCUCUAGUGUUUCAGGGAGCAAGAUAGGUAUCUAUGAGAUCAAGAAAGGAGAUUUCUCUGUUAAGGUCACUAAUUAUGGUGCCUCAAUCAUCUCCGUUCUUCUUCCUGAUAAGAAUGGAAAAAUAGGUGAUGUUGUUCUUGGAUAUGACACGAUCGAGGAAUACCUGAAUGAUAAGGGAUAUUUUGGAGCUCUACUUGGAAGGGUUGCAAACCGGAUUGGUGGUGCUCAGUUUACUUUGAAUGGAACCGUUUACAAGCUUGUCCCUAAUGAAGGCAAUAACACGAUUCAUGGUGGUCCUAAAGGAUUUAGCAAAGUUGUCUGGAAAGUGAGCAAGCACGUGCAAGACGGACCCUGUCCUUACAUAACUCUAACUUACCAUAGUCCUGAUGGCGAAGAAGGAUUUCCUGGUGAUGUUCUUGUCUAUGUUACCUAUGCAUUAAAAGAUCCAUACAAACUUCGCGUUGAAUUUAAGGCAAAAUCAGUGAACAAGGCCACUCCAAUUAACCUGUCUCACCACCCUUACUGGAACAUUGGUGGUCACAACAGUGGGGACGUCUUGUCCCAAGUUAUUCAAAUAUUUGCAUCACACAUCACCCCAGACGAUAAACAACACAUUCCGACAGGCGUAAUUUCCCCUGUCAAGAACACACCGUACAACUUCCUUAAACCCCGUAAGGUGGGGAGCAGGAUUAACAAACUCCAAAACGGAUAUGACAUGAACUAUGCACUAGACAGCACUGAAAAUAUGAAGCCUGUGGCAAUAGUUUAUGAUAAGAAAUCAGGAAGAGUGAUGAAUGUACAAGCAACUGCACCUGGUGUGAUACUUUACACUGCAAACUUUGUCAUUAAUGUAAAAGGGAAAGGUGGAUUUGUGUAUCAGCCUCAUUCAGCAUUGUCUUUGGAGACUCAAGGGUUCCCUGAUGCUGUGAAUCACCCAAACUUUCCAUCGUCAAUUGUGACUCCAGGAAACACAUACGUCCACAACGUGAUGUAUACCUUCUCCAUCAAAAAAUACUAGA